AAAAAAAAAAAAAAGAAAAAAAAAUGAAGUUCCACGUUGUCAUCGCCUCCGCAGCCCUUGCCUUUGUUCUCUCUGUAUCCGCCGACCCUGAAAAUCUCGCCGAUUCACUUGCCGUGGGCCUCACCAAGCGUAGCACCUGCUGCAAGUAUUCCUCCACUGGGUGCGGGGUCGGAGAAUGCUGCCUCUGGAGAAAGUGCAUUCAGUGGGGUGGCCCAGUCCAAUGCGGCUCCCAAAUCUGCUGCCUGAAGUACAACUGCUAAGAGUAUUGCCCAGGGACAACAUAGCAUAAUAUAUUCGCUAUAUUUCUUGUUUGCGAAAGCAAUAAAAAGUGGCACCAGAUGCCCCGAAAUCGGGUUUCUUUUUCAUUA